AUGACCCGUUUAGGUUCCGGUUUGUUCGUGAAACAGUGGAAUGUGCGAGAGGGAGAUUUCGAAACGUUCAUAUAUUCUUACGUGGUUAUCAUUAUCGAAUAUUGCGUUGCUCUUGCAUUGUUCAAGGUAGCUAUAAUCCUGGAGUGGGUUUAUCUCUUUAUUCCGAGGGCAACUCGCAAUACAUUCUACUGGAUCUGUUGUGGUAUGAUCGGAGCAAACUGCUCUUUAUACCUGGCAACAAUCCUUUGCACCGAUUACGCAUGCACUCCGCGAGAAAAGAUCUGGCGUCGAUAUCUCCCAGGAACGUGUAUCGAUGUCAACAUGUUCAACGUUAUCAUCACCUCUAUUCACUUAGUAUUUGAUAUUGCUAUGCUGUUAGUUCCGCAUAGGAUUAUCUGGAAAUUAUCAUUGUCGGCUAAACAGAGGGUUGGCGUCUCUGCAGUUUUCUCUGUAGGCAUCAUGACUUGUAUGUGUGCUGCAGGCCGCGUCGCCUCUGCAGUUCACACGACUACUAACCUCACUUACGAUUUCUCUACACACCUGAUCUGGGGCACAGCUGAAUGUUCAACAGCGGGCCUAAUAUUCUGCGUUCCGGCACUUCCUAUCGCAUUCCGCGACCCAUUCCAAUUUCCCAGCAUUGGCAUCCGAUUGCGAGAAAAGUUAGGAUUCUUCUUUUCACAGGAUUCUUCCGCAGAUAGUUCACAACGUCUUUCGAGACCUCAACCGAGUCAACGCGGCACGCACCCUGACGUAACCCCUUGGGUAGAUGAGGAUAGUGUAGUAAAUCUGACCGACUUACAGCCUGUAAGAACACGGAGCAGCGGCGGAGUGAAUCAGCUUCAGGAGGAAGAAUUUGCAUCGUUUUAUGACGGGGGGAUACUUAGGACUACCGAGAUUGCUAUUACUACCAGUGAGAAUCCAGGUGUUGCAAUAACUCCUCGUCAUCCAGGACACACACAUCCUUGGUUGGACUGCGAAUCUUCCGAUUAA